UGAUCUAAUUCCGAGAACCAGAGUAUGAAUAUUUGAAGAGCCAACGUCAUUGCAUUCUAGACUUUGCGAAAAGUUCCAUUCCGGUGCCACUCAGAUCUGUUGGGAGUUACCCAUGGCGGAUCAUCACUUUGUAUACAAGGAUGUUGAAGGAGCGUCCACGCAGUGGGAUGACAUCCAGAGAAAGCUUGGCAAUUUACCCCCAAAACCACCUGCGUUCAAGCCACCACCGUUUACGCCUGCACCAGAUGAGGAUUCGGUUCCGAAAGAUAAGGCCUGGAUUGAUGACAAAACGGAACAAGAACUCGAAGAGCUUGAAGACGAUCUCGAUGAUGAUAGAUUUCUCGAGGAGUACAGGAAGAAGAGGCUAGCCGAGAUGAGAGAGCAAGCUAAAGUUUUGAGGUUUGGAUCAGUAACUCCGAUUUCAGGAUCUGAUUUUGUUCGAGAGGUUUCACAGGCUCCACCUGAUGUUUGGGUUGUUGUGCAUCUUUACAAAGAAGGAAUUCCUGAAUGCGGGCUUCUAAUGCAAUGCUUAGAAGAAUUGGCUACAAGAUACCCUGCAACAAAAUUUGUCAAGAUAAUAUCUACUGAUUGCAUUCCAAACUACCCAGAUUGUAAUCUUCCCACUUUGUUGGUUUACAACAAUGGAGCAGUUAAAGCUAAUUAUGUGGGUUUGCAUGCUUUUGGGCGGAGGUGUACUCCUGAAGGUGUUGCAUUAGUACUGUGCCAAUCAGAUCCUGUGCUAAACGAUGGCCAGAGUAGGGAUGAACAAUCAAGAAAAGCUGUCAUUGAUGGUGUUCGCAAAAGGUUCAUCGAGAAAGUUGUCGCUGAGCAUGAGGAGCGUGAUGAUGGUUCCUCAAGUGAUUAGCCUUGCCUGUGUUCCCGUCUUCCAAUGGUAGAAAUGUUUAUUUUCAUGAAGAGAAGUAAUAUGUUAGGGGAAUUUUGUGCCUUCCGCAAUUUGCUUCUCUUUCUAUGCUCUUCCCGUGUCCCUUGUAAUUGUAAAAUUAAGUAGUAUUUUUCCUGAUGUGUGAUCCCUAGUCGUUAGAUCCUAAAUUAUUCCAGGUCUGUGAGUGCAUGUUGGCUUGUUCACCAUUAUUAAUUUUAGAAUGUGUUUGGAUGGAUGGGAA